AUGUUCAACCUGAUGAAGAAGGACAAAGAGAAGGAUGGGGCCCGAAAGGAGAAGAAGGAAAAGAAGGAGAAGAAGGAGCGGAUGUCGGCGGCUGAGCUCAAGAGCCUGGAGGAGAUGAGCAUGCGCCGGGGCUUCUUCAACCUCAACCGUGCCUCCAAGCGGGACUCCAAGACCCGCCUGGAGAUCUCCAACCCCAUCCCCAUCAAGGUGGCCAGUGGCUCUGACCUGCAUCUCACGGACAUUGACUCUGACAGCAACCGGGGCAGCGUCAUCUUGGACUCAGGCCACUUGAGCACGGCCAGCUCCAGUGAUGAUCUCAAGGUGGAUGAUGCCAACUUCAAGGGCUCGGUGCUGCAGCGGGCGGCCAAGUUUGGCUCGUUGGCCAAGCAGAACUCCCAGAUGAUCGUCAAACGCUUUUCCUUCUCCCAGAAGAGCCGGGACGAGAGCACCUCAGAGACGUCUACCCCCUCCGAGCACUCCGCGGCCCCCUCCCCGCAGGUGGAGGUGCGCAUGCUGGAGACCCAGCUCGCCAAGCAAGGGGUCCCCCCAGGACACCCCUGCACCCCUCCCACCGCCUCCCUGCGUGCCAGGGUGCCAGAGCUUGUUGGCAAGAGGUUCCCUGCUGAGCUGCGGCUGCCUGCCUUGGUGCCCCCACAGCCCCCCACGCCACGGCAGCUGGAGCUGCAGAGGCGCAACACUGGCGAUUUCGGCUUCUCCCUACGCCGCACCACCAUGCUGGACCGGGCGCCUGAUGGGCAGGUGUACCGUCGUGUUGUGCACUUUGCUGAACCCGGAGCUGGCACCAAAGACUUGGCGUUGGGGUUGGUGCCGGGUGACCGGCUGGUGGAGAUCAACGGGCAAAAUGUGGAGAGCAAAUCCCGGGAUGAGAUUGUGGAGAUGAUCCGGCAGUCAGGGGAGACAGUGCAGCUGAAGGUGCAGCCCAUCCUGGAGCUGAGCGAGCUGAGCCGCUGCUGGCUGCGGGGUGGCCAGGGGACGUGCCGCGCUGCCUGGGAUGCCAAGACGGAGGAGCAGAUAGCGGCUGAGGAGGCCUGGUAUGAGACUGAGAAGGUGUGGCUGGUACACAGGGAUGGCUUCUCCUUGGGCAGCCAGCUGCGGCCGGAGGAGAGCAGCCCCUUGCCUGAGGGCAAGGUGAAGGUGAAGCUGGACCACGACGGAGCCGUCCUGGAGGUGGAGGAGGAUGACGUGGAGAAGGCGAACCCCCCCUCCUGUGACCGCGUGGAGGACGUCGCCAGCCUCCUCUACCUCAAUGAGUCUAGUGUGCUGCACACGCUGCGACAGCGCUAUGGCGGCAACCUCCUGCACACCUACGCCGGUCCCACCAUGGUCAUCAUCAACCCCCUGAGCUCCCCAUCCAUGUACUCUGAGAAGGUCAUGCACAUGUUCAAAGGAUGCCGCAGGGAGGACAUGUCCCCACACAUCUAUGCGGUGGCCCAGGCCGCCUACCGCAGCAUGCUGAUGAGCCGCCAGGACCAGGCGGUUGUGCUGCUGGGCGCCAGUGGCAGUGGCAAAACCACCAACUGCCAGCACCUUGUCCAGUACCUCGCCACCAUCGCCAGCAACACCGGCAAGGUCUUCUCUGCGGAGAAGUGGCAGGCUCUCUACACCAUCCUGGAGGCUUUUGGCAAUAGCAGCACCAGCAUGAACGGCAACGCCACCCGCUUCUCUCAGAUCAUCUCUCUGGACUUCGACCAGGCGGGGCAGGUGGCAUCUGCCUCCAUACAGACGCUGUUGCUGGAGAAGCUGCGUGUCGCCAAGCGCCCGCCCAACGAGGCCACCUUCAACAUCUUCUACUACCUGCUGGCCUGCUCUGACAGCGCCCUACGGACUGAGCUUUACUUCAACCACCUGGCAGAGAACAACGUUUUUGGCAUUGUGCCCCUCUCCAAGCCAGAGGAAAAGCAGAAGGCAAUGCAGCAGUUCAACAAGCUCCAGGCUGCCAUGAAGGUGAUGGGCAUCUCCGGCGAUGAGCAGAAAGCCUUAUGGCUCAUUCUGGGAGCCAUUUAUCAUCUGGGGGCUGCCGGGGCCACAAAAGACGCCGAUGAAGCUGGGAGGAAGCAGUUCGCACGGCAUGAGUGGGCUCAGAAAGCCGCCUACCUUCUGGGCUGCAGCCUGGAGGAGCUCUCCUCCUCCAUCUUCAAGCACCAGCCCAAGGGCACCCUGCAGCGAUCCACCUCGUUCCGGCAGGGCCCUGACGAGUCCUCCCUGGGCGAUGGUGGCACAGGUCCCAAGCUGACAGCGCUGGAGUGCCUGGAGGGCAUGGCGGCCAGUUUGUACUCCGAGCUCUUCACCCUCCUCAUCUCCCUCCUCAACAGGGCGCUGAAGUCGAGCCAGCACUCAGUGUGCUCGGUGACAGUGGUGGACACCCCUGGGGCGCAAAACCCCGAGCUGGCAGGGCAGAGCCGGGGGGCCACCUUCGAGGAGCUCUGCCACAACUAUGCCCAGGAGCGCCUGCAGCUCCUCUUCCACCAGCGCACCUUCGCCCGCGAGCUGGAGCGCUACAAGGAGGAGAACAUAGAGCUUGCCCUGGCCGAUGUCGAGCCUGGCUCCUCUGGCUCUGUAGCUGCUAUAGACCAGCCCUCACACCAGGCACUGGUCCGGUCGCUGGCCCGCACAGAUGAGGCGCGGGGGCUGCUGUGGCUGCUGGAGGAGGAGGCACUGCAGCCGGGCGGCAAUGAGGACACCUUGCUGGAGCGGCUCUUCUCCUACUACGGCCCCCAGGAAGGGAGUAAGAAAGGGCACAACCCGCUGCUCCCCAGUGACAAACCCCGACACUUCCUCCUGGGUCACAGCUCAGGGACCAGCUGGGUGGAGUACGAUGCCACGGGCUGGCUCAACCACGUCAAGCACAACCCAGCCUCCCAAAACGCCUCCGUCCUGCUGCAGGAGUCACAGAAGAAGGUCAUCAGCAGCCUGUUUGCUGGCCGUGGCGGGUCGGCGCUAGUACUGUCAGGCUCAGUGGCAGGGCUGGAGGGGGGCUCCCAGCUGGCCCUACGCCGAGCCACCAGCAUGCGUAAGACCUUCACCACUGGCAUGGCUGCCGUCAAGAAGAAGUCUCUCUGCAUCCAAAUCAAGCUGCAAGUGGAUGCCCUCAUCGACAGCAUCAAGAAGUCCAAGCUCCACUUCGUGCACUGCUUCCUGCCCAAGGCGACAGGGGGUGGCGGGGACCUGCGGACUCUGCCAUGCCGACGGGUGAGCGGCAGCGAGCUGGAGCUGCCAGCAGAGCACUGCGAGGCUGGGCUCAUGCAGCUGGAUGUGCCUCUCCUGCGUGCCCAGCUCCGCGGCUCCCGCCUGCUUGAUGCCCUCCGCAUGUACCGCCAAGGAUACCCCGACCACAUGGUGUUUGCGGAGUUCAGGCGGCGCUUCGAUGUCCUGGCUCCGCACCUGACAAAGAAGCACGGGCGCAACUACAUCGUGGUGGACGAGAAGAGGGCAGUGGAGGAGCUACUGGAGUCGCUGGACCUGGAGAAGAGCAGCUACCACAUGGGCUUGAGCCGGGUGUUUUUCCGGGCCGGGUUGCUGGCCAGGCUGGAGGAGCAGCGGGAUGCACAGACCAGCAGGAACAUCACCCUCUUCCAGGCGGCUUGCAGGGGCUUCCUGGCACGGCAGCAGUUCAAGAAGAGGAAGAUCCAGGAUUUGGCCAUCCGGUGCGUGCAGAAGAACAUCAAGAAGAACAAGGGGGUGAAGGACUGGCCCUGGUGGAAGCUCUUCACCACCGUGCGGCCCCUCAUCGAGGUGCAGCUCACGGAGGACCAGAUCCGCGGCAAAGACGAAGAGAUCCAGCAGCUGAAGAGCAAACUCGAGAAGGUGGAGAAGGAGCGUAACGAGCUCCGGCUCAACAGCGACCGCCUGGAGAGCAGGAUCACAGAGCUAACAUCGGAGCUGACAGACGAGCGAAAUACUGGCGAGUCGGCCUCCCAGCUGCUGGACGCUGAGACGGCCGAGAGGCUGCGGGCCGAGAAAGAGAUGAAGGACCUGCAGGCCAAGUACGAUGCUCUGAAGAAGCAGAUGGAGUCGAUGGAGAUGGAGGUGAUGGAGGCUCGGCUCAUCCGGGCGGCCGAGCUCAAUGGAGAGCUCGACGAUGAUGAUUCAGGUGGCGAAUGGCGGCUGAAAUAUGAGCGGGCAGUGCGAGAGAUCGACUUCACCAAGAAACGGCUGCAGCAGGAGCUGGAGGACAAGCUGGAGGUGGAACAGCAGAGCAAGAGGCAGCUGGAGCGGCGGCUGAUGGACCUGCAGGCAGACAGUGAGGAGAGCCAGCGGGCGCUGCAGCAGCUGAAGAAGAAGUGUCAGCGCCUGGCCGCAGAGCUGCAGGACACCAAGCUGCACCUCGAGGGCCAGCAAGGACGCAACCACGACCUGGAGAAGAAGCAGCGGAGGUUUGACAGUGAGCUCUCGCAGGCGCACGAGGAGGCGCAGCGGGAGAGGCUGCAGCGGGAGAAGCUGAGCCGCGAGAAGGACGUGCUGGUGGCCGAGGUCUUUGGCCUCAAACAGCUGCUGGAGGACAAGGACUCAGACAUUGCGGGGCUGAUGCAGAAGGUGGAGGUGCUGGAGGCCGAGCUGCAGGACAUCUCCUCCCAGGAGUCAAAGGACGAGGCAUCCCUGGCCAAGGUGAAGAAGCAGCUGCGGGACCUGGAGGCGAAGGUCAAAGACCAAGAGGAGGAACUGGACGAGCAGGCUGGGACAAUUCAGAUGCUGGAGCAGUGGUGGGGGGGGGGGGGGGGGGUGGAGAGCCGUGAUGAGGAGGUGGAAGAGAUUCGGCAGUCGUGCCAAAAGAAGCUGAAGCAGAUGGAGGUGCAGCUGGAGGAGGAGUACGAGGACAAGCAGAAGGUGCUGAGAGAGAAACGGGAGCUGGAGAGCAAGUUAUCUGCUGUCAGCGAGCAGGCCAACCAGCGGGACUUCGAGACGGAGAAGCGCCUGCGCCGGGACCUGAAGAGGACGAAGGCACUGCUGGCUGACGCGCAGAUCAUGCUGGACCACCUGAAGAACAAUGCGCCCAGCAAGAGGGAGAUCGCCCAGCUCAAGAAUCAGCUGGAGGAGUCAGAGUUCACCUGUGCAGCUGCUGUCAAGGCCCGCAAGUCAAUGGAGGUGGAGAUCGAAGACCUCCACCUGCAGAUUGAUGACCUCGCCAAGGCGAAGGCAGCGCUGGAGGAGCAGCUGAGCCGGCUGCAACGGGAGAAGAACGAGGUGCAGAGUCGGCUGGAGGAGGACCAGGAGGACAUGAACGAGCUGAUGAAGAAGCACAAGGCGGCUGUGGCCCAGGCGUCCCGGGACCUGGCACAGAUGAAUGACCUCCAGGCACAGCUGGAGGAGGUCAGCAAGGAGAAGCAGGAGCUGCAGGAGAAGCUGCAAGGCCUGCAGAGUCAGCUGGAGUUCCUGGAGCAGUCCAUGGUGGACAAGUCACUGGUGAGCCGGCAAGAGGCCAAGAUCCGUGAGCUGGAGACCAGACUGGAGUUUGAGCGGACACAAGUCAAGCGCCUGGAGAGCCUGGCCACGCGGCUGAAGGAGAACAUGGAGAAGCUGACGGAGGAGCGGGAUCAGCGUGCAGCCGCCGAGAACCGGGAAAAGGAGCAGAACAAGCGGCUGCAGCGGCAGGGCCGGGAGGAGGAGAUGGGCGAGCUGGCCAAGAAGGAGGCAGAGGCCAGCCGCAAGAAGCACGAGCUGGAGAUGGACCUGGAGAGCCUGGAAGCCGCCAACCAGAGCCUGCAGUCGGACCUGAAGCUGGCCUUCAAGCGCAUCGGGGACCUGCAGGCGGCCAUCGAGGAUGAGAUGGAGAGUGAUAGCAAUGAGGACCUCAUCAACAGUGACGGUGACUCGGACGUGGACUCAGAGCUGGAGGAGCGUGUGGACGGGGUGAAGUCCUGGCUCUCUAAGAACAAAGCGCUUUCGGAUGAUGGCAGCCUGAAGGGCAGCAGGUAGGUGCAGAGCUGGGCGCAGAGCUGGGGGCAGAGGACAGGGUGGGCUGUGCUGGGGGAUGGCUGGGGUGUAGGGUGGGCACCCAUGGGACGUGGCAUUCUGGGUGCUGCGCUGCUGCCCGGUGGCCAGCCAGGGAAGGGUUAAUCCUGGUGAGUGGCUCUGGUCUUCAUUUGGGGACACAUGCCUUCC